AUGGACAAAUCAUUCUUAGAGAAACUCAAAGGACUUCAAGACUACGAUGGCGACCUCUUCGACAAGAUCACUAAAGGAGAUGCGCCUAUUGAUUGAAGGAUUGAAAAUAUGGAAGAUGACACAAUUGGAUUUAGCAUUGCCUUUUCGAUAGCAAAGAAUAGAGUAAUAGAAUUCUACACGAUGAACCUGCAGAAGGAAAAGGUAGUCAACAUAGAAGAAAACAAAAUGAUAGAAGGAAAUGUUGACUUGGAAGGAGUGAAUAUCAAGGACACUAGUCCAAUUCUGAUGAUUGAGAGAAAAUAAAAAGAAAAUCAAAAGAGUCAAGUUCCUUUCCUCAGAGAGCAGAUCUUUGUAUUAUACCGAUGAAGAGACAGGAAAUGGCUUUGUUCAUUUCUGAUGAUAUUGGGGACUUCCAGAUGCAUUAAAGAAAGUAUCAGCCCUCAAAAAUAUUAACCUUUCAGCAAAGAAUUUUUUUAAUAAAAGCCCUAUCGAAAUUUCAUUUUUGAAAAGAAAAGCUAAGGAUCAAUGUUAUUUGUUUUUAAAAUAAAAGCAUUAAGAAAGAAUUCAGAAGUGAAUUGGUUCGUACAGGAAUAUCCCUUUUUGCAGAUGAAGAUGCCCUUAUAUCCCCUUCUGUCGCCUGAGAAAAUCUCGGAAUUUUGUCCCCAUUUACUCGAGAAUUCUACACUGAUCUUGACUACAUCAAAAUUCUUAAGAGGGAUCGAUUCGAAACACUAAAGGAGUCAAUAAUAGACAUUAAUCCAUCAUUCACAGUUUUACAGGGUAGAUACAAGGGUGAGCCUAUAGUUGUCAGAGAAAUUCUUGAGAAAUACACAACAAUCAGGCAGCUCCUCUCAAUUAUUUCAGAGCUAAAAACUUUGAACUUAAAAUACGCUAAGGAGCAUGACAGUUUCAUGGAUAUCCUGGCAGUAAGCCUUGAGAAAGGAAAGCUGUACAUCCUGUACCAUAAUUGAUCUCAAAUGGUACUCCAAAAGCAUAUCAGAAAGAGAUAUAUGCUGACUGAUUCUGAUAGGCUGUUUAUUAUAAAACAGCUGGUACUCUCAUUACUAUAUCUUCAUUUGUUCUAUGAUGAUCCAAUUAUUCACGGACAUAUUAACCCAAUUACAAUCUUCGUAGAAGAUACGCUUGAUAUCAAGAUUGGUGCAGUAGGACAGUUCUUAAAUGGAGGAAAUUCUGAGAUAGAUAAAUGGAUUAAAGACGAUCCAUACAGUAAUUACGUAGCUCCAGAAUGAUUCUCUAACCAGAUUAGCACCUUCAGUGAUGUUUUUAGCUUCGGAUGUCUCAUGUAUGAACUUUACACUGGAGAGCCAGCAUUUGAGGCUUCUUGAUUAGAAGAUUACCUUAGGCAGAUACAGGAAAAGGAUAUCCAAUGGAAUGAUGAUAUACCCCCAAGAAUCUCAUACCUCGUGAAAAAAUGUGUUGCAUAUGAGCAUGUAGAUAGGCCUCAUAUUUUAGAAAUUGCUGACUUUUUAGAAGCGCUUUAA